AUGUUAUACAUAAAUUGUUUUUACUACAUAAUUCAAUUUUUUAUAUUAAUUAACAUUUGUAUAUCACAAGAAGAACAAAGAGAUGGAAAAACUAAUUCGUCUAUAAAAAAAAAAAGUUCAAUAAAAAAAUCCAAAAUUGAUAAUCCCACGUUAGAAGAAAUAGUAAACAAAGAAAAUUCAGGGGAUGAUAAAUUACUCCCUCAUCAAAAUGUUUUCAGUGAAGCACAAAUCAAACCAUCAACUUCAUAUGGUGAUGCUAAUUCUCCUUUAGAACAGACACAUUCUACUAUUCAAACUAAGGAUAUUAUUUCUGAAAAAGGAAAUAUAGAACAUACAGAAAAUUUUGAAAAAAAUGGAAAAUUCAAAUUAUAUAGUGUUCUAUCGGAAUUACAAGAAACGCUCAUUCAUUUGCAGAAAGAACUUCACCAUUCACCUGGAGAAGGAGAAUGUUCAACUGUUCUUCAUGAAGGUAUAUCGUCUGAAAUAAAAAGCAUAUUUCAAAUGGAAAAUUUAGAUGAAAAUGAAGUAAUUAUGUUUCAAGAUAUUUUUUUUGAGUUACAAAGUACUCUCCUUCAUCUGCAAAAACAAUUGAAUGAUCAUCUUUUAGAACGGGCAUUUCUAAAUGUUUGUGAAAAAUCUUCCAGUAAUGGAAUGAGUAUAUCCUCAGAAAAUUCUGAGCAGAAUAUACUUAAUUUAAAAAAUUUUUUUGGUGAGAUGGAAAAUAUAGCUUCUAAUCUUCAAAUAAAACCAUAUAGUUUGCCUUUAGAAAGUCAUGAAAAUAUGCCUUCUAAUAUGGGAGAGUUAAUGGAAACAACAUAUGAAGAUGAUGAUGAAUUAGUUGAAUUACAAAAUAUUCUUCGUGAGUUAGAAAACACACCACCCUAUUUAGUAAAGGAAGCUCAUAAUUCUCCAUUCGAACAGCAAUGUUCAACUAUUAAUGAUGAAGAAAUUCCUCCAAAUAUAGAUGAUAUAAUAUUUGCAGAACAUUCAGGACAAGGUGAACUCCUUAAUGUAGAGAAUUUUCUCUGUGAAUUGAGUAAUACACCCAUUGAUUUUCAAGAAGGAUCUCUUAGCUCAUCUACCGAAGAGCAAUUAUCAGAUAAUAGUUCUGAAAAUAGUCCUACAACAAGUCCUAUGCAAACGGAAGAUGUAGAGAAAGAUAAUAUAACGGAUGCACAAGAUUUCCAUAGUUUACUCACAAAAAAGGAAGAAACAUGUGAUCCUCCUGGUAAUAGUUUACAUAUGAAAUUAAGGAAAAGAAAAUAUGAAGGCGAAGAAGAUAAAGAAGACAAAGAAGAUAAAUUAAAAAAGCAAAAAACAGAUAAUACAGAAGAUGAUAAUAAAGAAAAAAAUAUUGAUAAUGAUCCUAAUACUUCAAAAUGUAAUGUAAGUAAUUCAAAUGAUGAAAUGAAUCAUCCUGAAAAUUAUAGUAAAUUUCUUCAAUAUAUUAUGGAAAACGUUUUUGAAACAAAAUUAACCCACUUAUAUGAUGGUGUAGCUCCUAAUUUACAAAAUAUAUAUGAUAAUUUAAAAAGCAGAAACAAUAAAUUAAUAAAAAUAAUUAAUGAAAAUAUUCAUUCAUUGAAAGAAUCUAUUAUAAAAGAAAUGAAAAAUGUUAAUAAAGCAGAUAUAGAUGAAAUGAAUAGACAUUGUGCUAAAUUCUCUGCGAAUGCUAAUAAUUCAGGAGAAAAUGUUGAUAUUUUUAUUCUAUCAUUCGGUAAACGUAUAAAAUGUAAUUUUAAUAAUCUAAAAAAAGUGAGUAACAAUGUAAAGCUCCUUUUAAAUAAUAUAAAAGAUUUUAAACUUAAAAUUUAUAUUUUGAAAGAAAUAAGUGAAAUGGCAUUAAAAAUUGCAAAAAAUUUGACCCAUAAUUUUAUUUAUUUAGUUCCUCAAAUAUUACCAGAGAAAAACUCAGAAGCUUUGUGUAAAAUUUUAGACGAUAUAGAAAAUAUUAUAGUUGAAAAUGAAAAAUCAAUUAAAAAUGGAUUUUUAUUAACAGAUAUUACUAAAAUAAAAAGUGUUCAACAAAAUAUUAUUCUUUCUAGAAAUAAAUUAUUUCCAUAUUAUGUUAAAUAUUCACAAAAGUAUAUGCAUUUAUUGAAUUCUCUGGAUAUAUCAAGGAAAAGUAAUAGUACAUCUUUACAAAUUAUGCUCUAUUUUCUUAAUUUAGAAAAUGCUAAAAACAGAAAAAAUUUAGAAGCUUUACAAGCAUAUAGUGACGAAUCUGCUAUAAAAAACAUUGAGUUAUUUUUACAAGAUGAAGAAAAAUAUAUCACAGAAUCUCAGAACAAAGCAUGCAAAAGUUUCAAUCUAGGAUUUAGUGAAAGAAGAACAAAUAUUUUAUAUUUAAACAAAUUAAUAAAUGACAAAAAAAAUAUAGGAAUUAUUCCAGAUAUUUAUGAAACCCUUGUAGAAUUAUUAAGAAUUGAAUAUUUUAGAAAACUUUUAAAUAUAACUAGAGAUAUAAUAAUGGCAAUUAUGCAUAUAAAUUCAAAGAAAAGUAAAAAGAGUUCACAAAAUAAAUCAAGAAAAAUAUUAACACAGGAGAUGCAAUCGACUUUACUAUCAAAACUAAAUGAUGAAAAACAAAAGUUGCAAGAAGUAAAAUUGAUUAUAAAAAAUUUAUAUAAAUUUGACAAUUUAAAAAAAAGUAUAGAAAAUUUUAAUAAAUCAUUGAUAACUACACAUAAAAAAACAGAGGGUAUCAUAACAAUUUUGGAGAGUGUUAAUCGUUUAUUGUGCAAUAACCAAAAUAAAGAACGUGAAGAUAAAAAAUUAGUUAAGAUAGAAAAUAUUUUGUUUGCUCUAUUUUUUGCUAGCAAAAAAAUAGAAAGAUUUCCUUGA